GCCCCACUACAACAAACAUGGCCGCGAAAUCGGACGGAAUCGCCGCCGUGUCCGUGCUGCCCGAGAGUCCGGCACCGAGCCCCGCGGUGAAGCGCUACUCUCUGCCGGACUGCUGCUGGACUCUCGCCGCCCUGCUCGUCUUCUUCUCGGACGGCGCCUCGGACCUGUGGCUGGCCGCCGACUACUACCUCAGGCGGGACUACUGGUGGUUCGCGCUCACGCUCGUCUUCAUCGUCGUGCCCUCCGUGGUGGUGCAGGCGCUCAGUUUCCGCUGGUUCGCAUACGACUACGCCGAGGAGGAUGGCGGCGGGGGCGGCGCAGCAGCGGCGGCGGCGGUGGUGGCCGCGGCCGGCGCGGAGAGCCACCUCCUGGGCGGCAAGGGCGCCGAGCAGCGCGGGGCUGGGGCUGCAGCCCGGAGCAGCGGCGGCGGAGGGAGGACGUGCUGCAGAGCCUGCGUGUGGCUCUUCCAGAGCCUAGUGCACAUCCUGCAGCUGGCUCAGGUCUGGAGGUACGUCCAUGCCCUGUAUCUGGGGGUGCAGAGCCGAUGGCGAGGGGACCAUUCCUACUGGCGCAUGAUGUUUGAAAGUGCGGACAUUAGCAUGCUAAGGCUUUUGGAAACCUUCCUGAAGAGUGCUCCUCAACUCGUCCUGCAGCUCAGCAUCAUCGUCCAUCCUUCCUUAUGUCCUGCCCUCUUUGCAGGCCUCUCUGCUUCUGCCUCCUUGGUGUCUCUGGCCUGGAUGGUGGCGUCCUACCAGAAGGCUCUGCGGGACUCCCGUGACGACAAGCUGCCAAUGUCUUAUAAAGCGGUGGUGGUCCAGAUGUUGUGGCACCUGUUCACGGUGGGGGCACGCGCCAUGGCCUUCGCACUGUUUGUCUCCAUCUUCCAGCUUUACUUCGGCAUCUUCAUCGUGGCUCACUGGUGCGCCAUGACCUUCUGGAUCAUCCAGGGUGAGACAGACUUCUGCAUGUCCAAGUGGGAGGAGAUCAUCUACAACAUGAUGGUGGGCAUUGUGUACGUGUUCUGCUGGUUCAGUGUGCGCGAGGGGCCCACGCGGUGCCGGCUGCUGCUCUAUAGCCUCAUAGUGCUGGCGGAGAAUGUUGCCCUCACCGCAGCUUGGUAUCUUUACCGAGGGCCCCGGACCUCCGACUUCUACGCUGUGGUGGUGGUGUGCGUGGUGGCUUGCAGCUACGCCCUGGGCACAUUCUUCAUGUUUGUGUAUUACUGUCUACUGCACCCGGACGGUCCUGUAUCGGCUGGCAACUUGGGAUGUUGUUUGGAGGAGGCCAGGGCCGUUUCAGAGCCUUGUCCUUCGUCAGCAUUCUCCGCCCCUCCUCCAGACGUGGUCAGCAGCCCCCCCAGGACGUUGCAGAGGACUAAAGGAGGAGCAGAGCAGGAAGCAGGAGGGGAGGGCGCUGAUGUAUUUCAGGUGCGCCCUCCUGCUGGUUUAAGGACCCCCGCACCCCGCCUCACUCCAAAGACAGAGGGGCCGGUCAUUCGCAUUGACCUGCCUAGGAAGCAGUACCCUGCCUGGGAUGCUCACUUCAUCGACCGCAGGCUGCGCAAGACCAUCUUAGUCCUAGAAGCUGCGUCCCCGGUCACCCCCAGGAUCCAGUACCGCUGCCUAGGCACACCGAAGGAGGUGAUGGAGUACGAGACGACGGUGUGAACCCACCAGACGCUUUUCUGCAAGUUUGGCCGCCUGCCAAACUCUCGUACUCCAAAUGCAAGGUGCAGCCGCGACAGCGUGCGGAGCGAAGCCCUCCUGGCUUAAUUUGGCGGAGCUGACGCUGGCCUGUGGCAGGGAGAGAAAAAGAGACAGAACAAGCAGUGCUAGCCAAGUGUCUGAAUGGCAUGACCUCUUUCUUUGAUCCGUUCCAUCUGUAGAAGUAUCUGUUGUAGUAUUCUGAGGGCUCUUUGGUGGUGACACCCACCAUUGAAUUAUCACAGGUUACUGGAUCAGAGGAGGAAGUGGUCAGAAGUCAGAUUUCAGGUCAUUUCGAGCAAGUCCUGCCGAUAUAUGAGAGAAGUAAGGUAACAAAGAUAAGAGGAUACUACAAGGGAUAUGGUAUAUAUUGCAAUGAUGGUGCUUUAAAAUGUCUUCAUAAAGAAAACCACUUUACUUGGAUGUUAAUAAGCCCUUAUGGCAGCUGUUCUGAACAGCAGUUAUUUGCCUGAUGCUGAGCUCCAGUUGGUAGUUAUAUAUGGAGUCUGAGAUGUCAUAGCUUUUAGGUAAGGUUCAGUGUAUGAAUAGUUUCAUUCAAGGCCUUAAUCAGCCCAUGUAGGAAAGUCAUGCAGCAUUUAGAAAAAAAGGACCAAAAAAACAAGAAAACAACACAAAAAACAGAUUUUUUGUCUCAAGGAUAGACCAUCCUUAUCUGACUGACCCAAGACAUUCCUUUGAAAUGAAAGUGAUUACAAGGGUACUUCUGCUGUCUUUCACAGAUGAUGUCUAAAAGAUAACAGGGCUCAGAUGUUUAAAUUUCUAGCUGGUCUUUAGUGCAUCUGCGAUGAUACUUCAGUGUAUGUUUACAUGUUUCUAAGUAAUCCUCUUUUUUAUGAUUAAGAACAAAGUUCACAUCAUGGUUCCAUGGUCAUGAAGAUUGGAUCAACCUGUGCAAUAAAAACAGAAAUGCUUGGAUUGUAAAUCUCCAAUUUGAAGUGUUUUUGGUCACAAGCAUACAGUACUGUGCAAAAGUCUUAUGGCAUCUGAGAAAAUGAUAUGGAAAGUCCAUUUAUCUGGGCAGUCAGUGCUUAUUUGUUUGAACGAUAGUAUUGAAUACAAACAAAUUAACAAAAAUCAUACAGUUGUGAUUUUAAAGCACUGUGCAUAAGUUAGAGA